AUUACCAGGAAAUGGAGGAGCUGCGAUGAUGAUGAUGAUGAUGAUGAUGAUGUGUGUGCGUGUGUAGUGGUAGACUGACACAGGCAGGCAGCAGAACUGGGAGGAGAGAGACCAGCAGCACCGACGACAACCAGCAUAAGGUUUUGGUGAAAAUGAGCGACGCAAAUCAGCCCAGAGUUGAACUUUUUGUGAAGGCAGGCAACGAUGGUCAGAGCAUCGGCAACUGUCCCUUCUCUCAACGUCUCUUCAUGGUGCUGUGGCUGAAAGGAGUCACCUUUGAUGUUACUACUGUGGAUAUGAAGAGGAAACCAGAGAUCUUGAAGGACUUGGCACCGGGUGCUCAGCCUCCCUUCCUGCUGUACGGCAGCGAAGUGAAAACUGACACCAACAAAAUCGAGGAGUUCCUGGAAGAAAAUCUCUGCCCUCCCAAAUAUCCCCGUCUGGCUGCCCGUAACCCAGAGUCUAACACAGCAGGCCUGGACGUCUUCUCCAAGUUUUCCGCUUACAUCAAGAACUCCAACCCUCAGACCAAUGAAAAUCUAGAGAAAGGCCUGCUCAAAGCUCUGAAGAAGCUAGACGACUACCUCGGCUCCCCACUUCCUGAUGAGAUUGACGAGAAUAGCGCUGAUGAAGCUACUUCCUCAUCACGCCCCUUCCUGGACGGCCAAGAGCUCACUCUGGCUGACUGCAACUUGCUGCCCAAGCUCCACAUCCUGAAGGUGGUUUGUUUGAAAUACAGAAACUUCAGCAUCCCUCAGUCGCUGACAAACCUCUGGAGGUACUUAAACGCAGCAUAUGCCAGGGAGGAGUUUGCCUCCACCUGCCCAAUCGACGACGAGAUCCACAUCGCUUACUCCUCUGUAGCUAAAGCUCUCAAGUAGGAGGAGAAUGAGGGGAACAUAUCCUGGAGAUAGCACCACAAAAAAACACAAGAACACACAACUCUUCUGCAAACAUCAUGAUUGAUCUGUUUCUGAUCCAUUUCCCUGCUGAUCAGACCUGAUUUUUCCUUUACUGCUGAGUUGCUAGUGAAACAAACUCCGCCCACACAUGCAUUUUAGUUUUGUUUUCUUUUCUUUAGUAUCAGUUUACAUCAGAAGGGAAAGAAGGAAACAGAAGGGUUAAUGACCGUCCACAUAUCAGAGAUGAAUGAAUUAGUCACUCAUGUUGUUUGCAGGAAUACACUCACAUGAACAUAUUCACACACUUUUUUUUGUUUUGUUUACUACUACAGAUGUUUUAUUGUUCCACUCACUUUUUGAUACUUUUGGGAAAUAUUUCAACAAAGCUGCCUACCAGAUCAGACUUUCACCUGUACCUUGCAAGCCUCUCACAGGCCGAUUAGCUUAUUUUUCUCUGUCAUGGUUAAGGAAGUGACAUUUGCAUACUAGCACUCGCUCACCUGCCAAAGAGUCUUUUGUAGUUUUUCUGUAAUCGCACUGAGGGAACACAGCCUUUUACCAUUAGACAGAACAUGUUUUUAACUUCUUAGCAAGGCUAAUAUUUAUUCUUCGUGGUGCAACUCACAGAGAAAGAGGGAGCAAACCAAGUCUCACUGAAGGGAGGCAACACUGAAAACAGGAAACUGUUUCAAUAAAUUCAGGCUUCCCCUUUUUAUGCUCCCACAGCAGGCGUGAAGCAUUAUUAAGAUGACUAAAUUUGUUUCUCAGCUACUUUGAAGGCUUCUCAAAGGCAUUUAGAGUUAUUUUUGCCCAUCCAAAAUAAAAGAAAGGUAUUUUAAGUCUAUAAAGUAUUUAACUUGAAAAACAGAAAAAAUGCGAGUAGCUUUGUGAGCUUUUCCUGCUUAGUUAUUAACUAAAUGAGGCUUUUUAUGUUUUUCUUGUCUCAUGAAAGUGGUCUUUUACUUUCUGACAUUACUGAGCUGCAGUUAGUGGAGCACAAUAAAUCAGACUUUAAAAUUACAUGACUAAUAGAGCUGGGCUUUGCAGUUUUUAGCAGACAUCACUGAAUCAGGAUUAGCUAUUCUGUUUCAAAGUGACUGCUUUUGGUUGUGAAAUAAUAACAGAAUUAUUUAAGUAGCAGAUCUCAACAACAGCCAAGCCUGAAAUAUCCCUAAGCUCCUGACAUCAUGUUGACUAAAGACGACCAUGUCGUUGCUGGCCUGCACAACCUGACGAGGCUUUUAAAAGCUGCUGAAAUUACAUAAAUCAGUUUCAGACUGAAAAAGAUCCAUCAAGUUUGUGUUAGUGUUUUGAAAGGAGUAACUCAGCCAAGUCAAAUAUAUUUAGGUUCCUUGUGGGAGUGUUAUUUUUCUAUUUCUUUUGGAUGCUAGCUUUGUUUUCUCACAGUUUGGUUUCAUUUUGAUCCAGAUUUGGGUUAAAAUGCAUCCUGUCACAGUGUUAACCACAUGUUAGAAAGACCUCUUUCUCAGGUUGCAUCAACUGCUUCUGUUUUCCUCACAACUCAGAGUCACCCUGUUUGUUUUUGUUUUUUGUUUUUUUGUCAGUAUCUUCAGUAGCAUCUGUGUCCACAUUGAAAAACAUUUAUCAAUUAAAAAAAAAGUAUGUGAUCUGAUUACAUCCCAAAUAUUUAAUAGAGGGAUAAAUGAAUUGUUCAUUUUUGUGAUUUCAUAAAGCUUUCCGAUGGUAAAAAUAUAUCUUAUCGCUGACCUUUUUCUUCAAGUCUUUUUUUAACCUUAGAAACGUCAGUGACACUUCCCUGUUGUCUGUUGGAUUAGUCUGAAGUUUGGAUGUCUAACGUGACUUGAAACAAACUCUCUGGUAGGAACUGGAAUUAACAGCACGCCUUGUUUGGUUCUAGCUGCAGCUUAUGUGAAGGAUUUAUUAACUGCAAGGCACCAUGCAAAUUGGCAUUUACAGAGGCUGCAUGGUUGUAAGGCUUUGUUAUUUCCCUCUGAUUAGGGGGAAACUUGUUAGAAAGAUUAACCGAAGUGCAAUUUAAAACCAAUUUGAAUAUAAAAAAAAGGUUAUGUUAGAAAUAUAACGUGAGCUAGUUAAAUCUCCUUCAUGAAGUUUUCUGUGUUAAUGAAGAGAAUUUAUGUUUUAUUUCACCAUUUUUGUUUUCUUGUAAGUGGGCCAAUGUUUAAAGGGAUUGAGUCUGAAUAAUUUCACACUGCUGACUUCUAGCAGUAAGUUUGUUAGAGGUUUUCACUUCACUGUUGAUUUGAAACAAGUUCAGGGACCAUUUCAGUGUGUUAAAUUCAUUUAAUUUCAGUUUUUUUCACAUUUUUAUCUUUUAAAACUGCCAUGAAUAAACUGUACUUUGUUACAGACACUGUGCUUUACACUCUGUGUGCUGUUGGCAUCAAGUAGUUGAAAGCAGCUGCAUGUACAAGCCCACAGUAUCAAAGCAGCAGUGUGGACACUAAACCAGCAGGAUUAAAUCAGCAAUGAAGACAAUCAAAAAAUACCACAGCUGAAAACUGUUUUUACUUCUCUUUCUAUGUUAAUGUUCCAAUAAAAUGCCUUUAAUAAA